AUUUGUAUUAGCGGGCCUUGGUUGUCAAUUCGGUGAUUUAAUCCCUUUUAAACGGCUUCAUAUCGUGGAGUUAUUGAACGCUGUGGCCGGCGAAGACAAGAUACGAGAGCAUCUCUCACAGUGUAUGUGUGGCAACAAUAUGUCUGUGCCGCUUCUCGCCGAGGCUGUGACGGUGUCUGCCACCGAGAAGGAGACUGCUGCGGUUAUAUUUCUCCAUGGUUUGGGAGACUCAGGCCAUGGAUGGGCCGACACCCUGGCGGCAAUCAGGCUGCCCCAUGUCAAGUACAUCUGCCCCCACGCGCCUCGGAUCCCUGUCACUCUGAACAUGAAGAUGACCAUGCCUUCAUGGUUCGAUCUGAUGGGCCUCAGCCCAGACUCUCCAGAGGACGAGGCAGGCAUCAAGAAGGCCUCAGAGAACAUCAAAGCCAUCAUCGAUCAUGAGACCAAGAACGGUAUUCCUGCAAACCGUAUUAUGAUCGGAGGCUUCUCCCAGGGUGGGGCCCUCUCCCUGUACACUGCCCUGACUUGUCAGCAGCAGUUGGCUGGUGUAGUGGCUCUCAGCUGCUGGCUACCCCUCCACAAGACCUUCCCACAGGCGGCGAGUGGCAGCGGUAACAAGAACACGCCCAUCCUGCAGUGCCACGGGGAGAUGGACCCCAUGAUCCCGGUACAGUUUGGUGCCCUGACGUUCGAGAAGCUCAAGAGCAUAGUGAGCCACGACAAGAUCUCCUUCAAAACCUACCCAGGGCUCCUGCACAGCUCCUGUCCACAGGAGAUGGCGGCUGUAAAGGAGUUCAUUGAGAAGCAGUUGCCUCGAAUCUGACCUCAGCUCAUCCGUUAUGACCCCCUCCUCAAAUACUUACCUGUCAUCCCUCCCCUCGACAUACCGCUGCUCCCCCACAACAGGAAACAGCCAUCAGUAUCCCCUCCCUUCACACAUUUAUGAACAUACACACCGACUUAAACAGUUGUUUUGAUACUUACCCAUAUACACGAUUUCCUCUAAAUGCGUCGCAAGCUGUCAAAAGUAAAAAGCCAACUAGGGAUUAUAGCUAGGUUUGAUUUGGUAUAUCUCCAAGGGGCCAAAUUCUCAGUUUUUAAGAAAGACCCAAGACCAGCUCAACUUCCUUUGUGAUUCAGGACCUCCCUUUUAUGUUCCCUGCUAUGCUUUUUCUCAGCAUCCUCUCUUCCUCCUCCAAAUCCUCUCCUCCUCCUCCAAAUCCUCUCCUCCUCCAAAUCCUCUCCUCCUCCUCCAAAUCCUCUCCUCCUCCUCCAAAUCCUCCCCUUCUCUAUUUCCCUUCCUCCUCUCUCUCCACCUCCUCUCUCUCCCUAGCCUCUCCCCCUCAACAUCCUCCUCUCUCUCCACCUCCUCUCUCUCCCUAGCCUCUCCCCCUCAACAUCCUCCUCUCUCUCCACCUCCUCUCUCUCCCUAGCCUCUCCCCCUCAACAUCCUCUCCUUUCUCCACCUCCUCUCCUUCUCCACACACACUCUGGUUCUUCUACCUUUUUAAUUUAGUUUUUCUCCCCCGGUCAACAUGCCCUCACCCUAUCCCCAUCUCUUCCCACCACCAACGUGGUGUCCGUUACGACACAAGCCUAUAGUUCAAAUCAUGACUA